UGUACAGCAAGAACAGAACUGUGGGGAAACCAGAGAAAGCUUCAUAGAAGAGGACAAACUCUUCGGGCAGUUUCAUCUUUUUGCAUAGCUUAUAGGGAGAGACUCAACUGGCUGAAUGCUUCCUCCUUUCAUUAGCAUAACCCAGCCUACUUCCACCACAUGCCCAGAACUACCUUAGCCUUUGGGACUGGAGCCAGAAAUUUAAGACUACAGUGAAUAUAAGGAGAUUUACUGGUGAGAGAGCUCUAGACCAACUUAACACUGAACCCAUUAGUUCUCCAAGACUGGAAAAAUAUUAUACUAACAGGAACCAUUUCUCAUUCUCAUUCAGCUUUGACAUUGUAAUUCACAGAAGAAUUGGAGCCUUGUAUUGAAAGGAGGCGUUCUCCAACAGUCUUUUUCUUGUUUAAAGUUCACGUCUACAAGAUAAAAUCUGAAAAAUGACAGGGGCAAAGAGGAAAAAGAAAAGUGUGCUCUGGAGCAAGAGGAAUAUACUUCGCUGUGAAGACUUUAAACAGUGGGGCAGACGGCGGCUGCCUAUUUUGGAAUGGGCACCACGUUACCACCUGAGAGAAAACUUGCUUCCAGACACCGUGUCUGGGAUGAUGUUGGCCAUUCAACAGGUGACACAAGGGCUGGCCUUUGCUAUUCUCUCAUCCGUGCACCCAGUGUUCGGUUUAUAUGGGUCUUUUUUUCCUGCCAUCAUUUAUGCCGUGUUUGGAAUGGGACGUCAUGUUGCCACAGGCACUUUUGCCUUGACAUCCUUAAUAUCAGCCAAUGCUGUGGAACGGCUUGUGCCUGCAAGUAGCCAGAACCUCACCACCCCAAGGAACACAAGUUUGCUGGGCUUAUCUGACUUUGAGAUGGAAAAGAUUGGCAUUGCGGCAUCGGUUUCCUUCUUGGGAGGUGUGAUUCAGGUGGCCAUGUGUGUGCUACAACUGGGCAGUACGACAUUCCUGCUUACGGAGCCUGUGAUCAGCGCAAUGACAACUGGGGCUGCCACACAUGUUGUGACUUCACAAGUCAAAUAUCUCUUGGGAAUGAAAAUACCCUAUAUAUCCGGACCACUUGGGUUAUUUUAUAUCUACACAUAUGUCUUUGCAAACAUCAAGGCUGUUCGACUGGAAGCACUGCUCUUAUCCUUGCUGAGCAUCGUGGUGCUUGUUAUGGUGAAAGAAUUAAAUGAACAGUUUAAAAAGAAAAUCAAAGUUGUUCUUCCUGUGGAUUUAGUUUUGGUUAUUGCUGCAUCACUUGCUUGUUAUUAUACCAAUAUGGAAAAUACAUACGGAUUAGAAGUAGUUGGUCAUAUUCCAAAAGGAAUUCCUUCACCUAAAGCUCCCCCAAUGAGUGUUCUCUCUGCAGUAAUCACAGAAGCAUUUGGAGUGGCACUUGUAGGCUAUGCGGCCUCACUGGCUCUUGCUCAAGGAUCUGCCAAAAAAUUUAAAUAUUCAGUUGAUGACAACCAGGAAUUUUUGGCUCAUGGCCUCAGCAAUGUGAUUUCUUCAUUUUUCUUCUGCAUACCAAGUGCUGCUGCCAUGGGAAGGACCACUGGCCUUUACAGCACAGGAGCGAAGACUCAGGUGGCUUGUCUAAUAUCUUGCAUUUUCGUCUUGAUAGUCAUUUAUACAAUAGGACCGUUGCUUUACUGGCUGCCAAUGUGUGUGCUUGCAAGCAUUAUUGUCGUGGGUCUGAAGGGAAUGCUCAUACAGUUUCGGGAUUUAAAAAAAUAUUGGAAUGUGGAUAAAAUCGAUUGGGGCAUAUGGAUCAGUACAUACGUAUUUACAAUAUGUUUUGCUGCCAAUGUGGGACUGCUGUUUGGUGUUGUCUGUACCAUAGUUAUUGUGAUUGGUCGCUUCUCAAGAGCAAGGACAUUGAGUAUAGAAAACAUGAAAGAAAUGGAAUUUAAAGUGAAGACAGAAAUGGAUAGCGAAACCCUGCAGCAGAUAAAAAUUAUCUCAAUAAACAGCCCCCUUGUUUUUCUGAAUGCAAAGAAGUUUCAUACUGACUUAAUAAAUAUAAUCCAAAAAGAAAAUGCCAGCAACCAGCCACUUGAUGAUACCAGCAAGUGCGAGCAAAACACAUUGCUAACUUCUCUAUCCAAUGGCAAUUGCAAUGAAGAAGCACCGCAGUCCUGCCCAAAUGAGAAAUGUUCUUUAAUCCUGGAUUGCAGCGGAUUGACCUUCUUCGACUCUUCCGGAGUCUCCAUGCUUGCUGAGGUUUACAUGAACUGUGAAAGCAGAAGUGUGGAGGUAUCAUUAGCCCAUUGCACAGCUUCCUUGAUAAAAGCAAUGAAGUACUGUGGAAACCUAGACUCAGCGAAACCAAUUUUUUUUAAGUCGGUAUCUGCUGCAAUAAGUAACAUCCAUUCAAAUAAAGUGAGACAAUUUCAGAAUUUGAGCAGUCUCGGUGACCAGAGUGAAGUCUGAGGCCUUCUGCUGCAGUGCGGUUGUUUUUAGCAACGGCCCUGAAGAGGCCAGGCUCUUGCAUUUUGCACAACCUUCUUUUGCUGUUCAGAUCCUCCAGAUGACCUCUACUACAACAACUGUAAUGUCACUUACUAGACACA